CCCACAGCAAUGAAACGUUAUUUCCUCUGAAACCCAACUGACGAAUAGGGUAUUCUUUCUACCGAGAGUUGGUGAAGCUUUGAAACGAACAAAAAAAAAUGGAGGCAUUUGGUGGAUACUUAGUCGACGAGAAAGCCAUAAGAGUGGAGAACAUUUUCUUGGAGUUUCUGAAGAGCUUUAGAUUGGAUGGAGAAGUCUAUUACGAAGCCGAAAUUGAAGCCAUGCGAGCCAAUGAAUCGACCACCAUGUUCAUCGAUUUCUCCCACGUUAUGCGCUUCAACGACGUUCUUCAAAAGGCUAUCGCUGACGAAUACUUGAGAUUUGAGCCAUAUUUGAAGAACGCGUGUAAGAGGUUUGUCACAGAGCAAAACCCGACUUUCAUUUCGGAUGAUAAUCCGAACAAAGAUAUAAAUGUUGCCUUUUUCAACAUCCCAUUUUUGACAAGAUUGAGAGAGUUGACUACAGCAGAAAUCGGGAAACUCGUGUCAGUUACUGGUGUUGUGACACGCACAAGUGAGGUUCCGCCUGAGCUUUUACAAGGGCCUUUCCGGUGCUUAGAUUGUGGAGGGGUAAUCAAGCAUGUUGAGCAGCAAUUUAACUAAACUGAGCCCACUAUUUGUGUGAAUGCCACAUGUUCAAAUAGAAAUAAGUGGGCAUUGCUUCGUCAAGAAAGUAAGUUUGCCGAUUGGCAGAGGGUGAGGAUGCAGGAGACUUCCAAAGAAAUUCCAGCUGGAUCUUUACCUAGAUCAUUGGAUGUUAUCCUCCGCCAUGACAUUGUUGAACAGGCUAGGGCUGGAGACACGGUCAUUUUCACUGGUACUGUGGUUGUCAUACCUGAUAUAAUGGCAUUGGCCUCUCCUGGGGAGAGAGCAGAAUGUCGUCCAGAAGCUAAUCAGUGCAAGAAUUCUGCUGUUGGACAAGAUGGUGUGAGGGGUCUUCGAGCAUUAGGAGUGAGAGUGUCCUAUUGCUUCGCCUUUAUUGCAAAUUCUGUUCAGAUUGCUGAUGGUAGGAGGGAUACUGACAUAAGAAAUAGAAAGAAGGAUGCUGAUGAAGACGAACAAUAUCAGUUCACGACAGAAGAGAUAGAUGAAAUCCAAAGAAUGAGAAAUGUGCCUGAUUUCUUCAAUAAGAUUGUUGAUAGCAUUGCUCCAACAGUUUUUGGUCACCAAGAUAUCAAGCGAGCCAUCCUGCUCAUGCUCUUGGGGCGUGUCCACAAGUUGACUCAUGAAGGCAUCAACCUGAGAGGAGCCAUUAAUGUUUGUAUGGUUGGAGAACCCAGCUGUGCUAAAUCUCAGUUCCUAAAGUAUACUUCUGGUAUAGUUCCUAGAUCUGUCUACACAUCAGGCAAGUCCUCUUCUGCUGCAGGGUUGACUGCAACUGUGGCCAAAGAACCAGAAACUGGGGAAUUCUGUAUUGUGGCAGGGGCACUGAUGCUUGCUGACAAUGGCAUUUGUUGCAUUGAUGAAUUUGAUAAGAUGGACAUCAGGGACCAGGUUUCAAUUCAUGAAGCCAUGGAACAGCAGACAAUAAGCAUUACGAAAGCAGGGAUACAGGCAACACUGAAUGCUCGAACAUCAAUUCUAGCAGCAGCUAAUCCUACUGGGGGCCGCUAUGAUAAGUCUAAACCACUUAAGUACAAUGUUGCCCUUCCUUCUACUAUUCUUUCGAGAUUUGAUCUGGUAUAUGUAAUGAUUGAUGACCCUGAUGAUCAAACUGAUUAUCACAUCGCCCACCGUAUUGUCAGAGUUCAUCAGAAGCAUGAAAAUGCACUUGCUUCUGCAUUCACUACUGCACAACUGAAGCGGUACAUUGUAUUUGCAAAAACUUUGAAACCAAAACUAAGCAUGGAAGCCAGGAAGCUGUUAGUGGACUCUUAUUUUGCUCUGCGAAGGGCUGAUACAGCUCCAGGUGGUAGAGUUGCGUAUCGCAUGACGGUUAGGCAGCUAGAGGCAUUGAUCAGGUUGUCUGAGGCCAUUGCUCGAAGUCAUUUGGAAACUCAGGUACAACCACGCCAUGUUAAAGUAGCAGUGAUAGAAUUCUAGCUGUGGCUCCUAACUAUGUUAUUGAUUGAAGUUGAAAUGCAUCGACAAAACGUCAAAUGUAGCUGAAUGUAACUUUAGUCAUAUAUACUUCCCGGAAAGUCAGUGCUACAGUAAGAUGGUAAAAUCAUAUUCAUAGCAGAAAAAGCUGGAGCACCUGCUCAUCACAGUUGGAAGGCUCACCCUGUAAAAGGUGAGUAUCAUUCUCGAGAACUGUGUUCUUAACUGAUAAAACCUAUGAAUUCUCCUGUGUGUUUCUCCAUGGAGUUUCAUUGAAUUCAUUCUAGCAGUGGUGUGUACUCUUAAAUCCUUUGCUGGUCUAGGUGUCGAGAUUGAUAGCGAUGAUGUUACCGAAACAUUUGUAAUGUAAGGAACAAGACAAGCAGCCAGCCAGCACUGGAACAUGAAACAUGACAAGUUAACUUGAUGUUGUUGUCGUGUCCAGUGAGUUAUCAGUCUGGCUGGCUGGCUCUUAUCUGGCAUUCCUUGUAAUGUCAAGCUGUUUAUUACUAUCCC